UACUAUUCCUAGCAUAUUUUAAAGACGAGGCACUACAUCUUGCGAUAUGGAAAAUUUUCUAUUGAAGAAGGAUAUCAAGCCUUUCGAUCCUCCUGGAGGCAAAUCAUGCUCUACUGAGAUUGAUUACGCUUUUGAAAGUUUACACGGAAGAAUUUAGCUCUGCUUCAUGUCAUUUCCUACGAUUUCUUGUCUGUAUCCAGCGGAUCACCAAUACAAAUAAAUUCGAUCCACCAAUCCCCAUUAAACUCAGUAUUUUGUUCUCUCCACCUUCUUCACUUCUUAUCUUCUCAUUGUCUCCGGUUGUCCAUUCAUCUUUCUUCCAAUCGAGACACCUUCUCCUUUUGAUUAUUUCUGCUAAAAAUUGCGAACAUUUCUCUGAAGCUAGCACCAAAGCCACCCCACAGGCUUCUUGAGGAGAGAUUCAUCUCACUUUUGCAGUCAUGUAAGACCUCAAAACAAGUUCACCAAAUUCAAGCCCAGAUAAUCGCCAACGGUUUCCAAUACAACGAAUACAUCACCCCUAAAUUGGUCACGAUAUGUGCGACACUGAAGAGAAUGACUUACGCUCGCCAGUUGUUCGAUCAAAUUCCCGACCCCAAUAUUGCACUAUGGAACUCGAUGUUUCGUGGGUAUGCCCAGAGCGAGUCGUACAGAGAAGUGGUAUUUUUGUUUUUUCAGAUGAAGGGUAUGGACAUACGGCCCAAUUGCUUCACCUUCCCUGUUGUUCUGAAAUCAUGUGGGAAGAUCAAUGCAUUGAUUGAAGGAGAACAAGUGCAUUGUUUCUUGAUCAAGUGUGGUUUUAGGGGAAACCCGUUUGUGGGCACUACAUUGAUUGAUAUGUAUUCGGCUGGUGGAACGGUUGGGGAUGCUUACAAGAUUUUCUGUGAAAUGUUUGAGAGGAAUGUAGUUGCAUGGACUUCGAUGAUUAAUGGGUAUAUUUUGUCUGCUGAUCUGGUUUCCGCACGUCGCCUUUUUGACUUGGCGCCAGAGCGUGAUGUUGUGCUGUGGAACAUUAUGGUUUCAGGGUACAUUGAAGGUGGGGACAUGGUUGAGGCGCGCAAGCUCUUCCAUGAGAUGCCAAAUCGAGAUGUGAUGUUUUGGAACACUGUAUUGAAGGGUUAUGCUACCAAUGGGAAUGUUGAAGCUCUUGAGGGGCUGUUUGAAGAGAUGCCGGAGAGAAACAUUUUUUCUUGGAACGCAUUGAUUGGAGGGUAUGCUCAUAAUGGCCUUUUCUUUGAAGUUUUAGGUUCCUUUAAAAGGAUGUUGAGUGAGUCUGAUGUGCCUCCUAAUGAUGCCACUCUUGUGACAGUGUUGUCUGCUUGUGCAAGAUUAGGAGCUCUUGAUUUGGGCAAGUGGGUACAUGUAUAUGCAGAGAGUAGUGGGUUGAAGGGCAAUGUUUAUGUUGGGAAUGCUUUGAUGGAUAUGUAUGCAAAAUGUGGGAUCAUAGAAAAUGCAAUUUCAGUGUUCCGGGGCAUGGACACAAAAGAUUUGAUCUCCUGGAACACCUUAAUUGGAGGCUUAGCGAUGCAUAGCCGUGGGGCUGAUGCCUUAAAUUUGUUUUUUCAGAUGAAGAAUGCUGGACAAAAGCCAGAUGGUAUCACCUUCAUAGGCAUCUUGUGUGCUUGUACGCAUAUGGGUCUAGUUGAAGAUGGGUUUGCAUAUUUUCAAUCAAUGGCCGAUGAUUAUUUAAUCAUGCCUCAAAUUGAGCAUUAUGGUUGUAUGGUUGAUAUGCUAGCACGAGCAGGUCGUUUAGAACAGGCUAUGGCUUUUGUCAGGAAGAUGCCUGUGGAAGCUGAUGGUGUCAUAUGGGCUGGUUUACUUGGGGCCUGUAGGAUUUACAAGAAUGUUGAGUUGGCCGAACUGGCUCUUCAACGGCUGAUUGAACUCGAACCAAAAAACCCUGCAAAUUAUGUCAUGUUGUCCAAUAUAUAUGGGGAUGCUGGCAGAUGGGAAGAUGUGGCCCGGCUAAAAGUUGCAAUGAGAGAUACAGGGUUUAAAAAAUUACCAGGGUGUAGUUUGAUUGAGGUGAAUGAUGCUGUAGUUGAGUUCUAUUCGUUAGAUGAGCGGCAUCCCCAGAUAGAGGAAAUAUAUGGAGUAUUGAGGGGAUUAGUGAAGGUUUUAAGAUCCUUUGGGUAUGUACCCGACCUUACAGGAGCUGGGCGAGGAACUUAAAGAAAGAGAUCUUAACAUUGUUGAGGCUUCAUUUGGUGGUCGCAUUUUGGUUCUGGGGUGUCCAAGAACACUAUCAGGAUUUGGGCUGCAACUCAAAGCAAGUUGAAGGAGGCUUCCCCAGCAAAAAGAUCCAUAACGUGUGCCAAAAAGUUCUUCUCCAGUAUUGAAGAUUGAUAAAAAACAGUCAAGGAUCUUACGGCACUGCCUAAAUAUUAGGCAUCGGCAGCACGUACCCCGUAUGCCAUGAAAAUGACGUAGAUUUGCAUACAUUCAUCUUCUUGACAGAAGUAGUUGUUCAGGAAUAUCGCAUUUAGAUAACAUGCAUCUUUUUGUUCAUUAAUCAAAUAUUUUAUUGUUUGGAUUA